AUGGUUAAGAUAGUAAAUAAUGCUAAAGAAGAGGCAGAAUUACUUAAACCACAUGAUCUCACUUGGAUUUUGGAAACUACACAAGAUGUAAAGGAGGAUGUGAUUCCAUUAUGUCUACUAUUACUUCUAGCUACAUUGAAACGUUUAAUUCAAAACAAUGUAAAUAAUUUUGCGUGGUAUACCAGAGGAUCUACAGUAAUGCAAUAUUUAUUUGUAGUACUUCGAGAUCUGUAUCAAAAUCCAAAAAAGGAAUAUCCUCUAGAACAUUUCAAUCGUCCGUUUUGUAAUACCAUUAGUGAUGACAUGAAGGAAAUUAUAAAUACUGAUCUCUUAUGCUUUAAAUUAGUACUAAUUGAAGAACUAUUACCAUUAAUGGAACUAAAACUAACACCAUUAUGGAAGAAAAAUGAUUUGUAUAAAUUUGUCUUGAUGAAAACAGUCAAGAAUAAGGUUUGGCAAACACAUGGACCUCUGUGGAAUAAUAAUGAACAUGUAAAAAGAGUUAAAAGACAGUUACAAAAAUGUGAACUAUUUACUUCAGGCAAUAUAAAUCUGGAAAACAAAAAAAGUAUUGUUUUAGAAGAUUGUUUGGCUCAAUGGAGUUCUGAUAUAAAAAUGUUUGAUCCGGAACAAAUUGUGAUUGAUUGGUUGGAGGAUUUCAAUUGA